AUGGUGUUUGCUGGGAGCAUCAUCAUCUUCAACUUCAUACCCGUCAUCAUCAUCCUCACUGCUAUGUUCCGACUUAAGAACAGAACUCAAGAUCAAGAUUUUCACUCCCUGUCCAAACACAACGUCUACGAGAACAUGCGUCUUGCGUUUGACGUUGCGGAGCGUGAGCUGGGAAUUCCUGCUCUUUUAGAUCCGGAUGAGCUGGUGUCUGUGGAGGAGCCGGAUCUACUGUCCAUCAUCACUUAUGUCUCUCAGAUCUACUGUGUCUUCAGAGGAAACUCUCACGUCAGUCAGAAGAUUCCUGUGAACAAUGAAUCCAGCAGCACCAAAAGACAAGAACAGACACACACUCGGUUCUCAUCAGAUGUGGUCAGAUCGUCAGAUAAAAGAGUCUGUAGUGUCUGUCACACGCGUGUUCAUCUCAUUCAGAGGGUUUUGGUGAAGGGACACCUGUAUCACCGCUCCUGCUUCAGAUGCAGUCGCUGUCGUCGCUCUCUGCUGCCGAUCUCUUUCACAGUAGACAGUGAGACGGGUUCACUGCAGUGUAGUUAUGCCUGCAAACCUGCUUCUAAUCACGACCGGCCCGCAGAUCAAUACUCACAGAACGAUACCAGUGAGAAGGACGGAGACAGGAGUGAGACGGACGGAGACAGGAGUNAGACGGACGGAGACAGGAGUGAGACGGACAGAGGCAGGAGUGAGAUGGACAGAGACAGGAGUGAGACAGAUGAAGACAAAAUUAAUGAUGGACGUCUCUCCACCUCAUCAGAGACUGACAUCCAAGAACCUCCCAAACAUGCUCCCAGAAAGAGGGCGGAACCUCCUCGCCCCACCCCCAGAUCACCGGAUCAUCACCCUGACAACGUCUCGUCUCAGAGCACUGUCUGUAAGGAACAUCCCUGGAUGAAGCUGGUUGAUCCGGGUCCUUGGUCUCGUCUUCCUCCGGCUCCGGCUCCAUCCGCUCAUUCCCGCCACCGGCCCGUGACCUUUAACCCCUUCCUGGAGGACGAGUCCAAGGAUGAAGAGAAAAAACCUUUCAGUUACGAAACCUCAGCUGCACACAAACCCCAAACCUCAUCUUCAGUUCCCAGUAUGCACCAGGCUGCAGCUCCUGUUCAUGGUUUCCCGCUCAUCAAGAGGAAGACAGACAAGCUAACUGUGUGUGUUUGUGAAUGUGUGUGUGUUUCAGAGCAUCUUCUAGUCGACUGGUUCCUUCUGAUUCAUGAGAAGAACAUCUUAGUGCGCAGAGACACAGAGCUAGUGUAUAUGGUGAAGCAGCAGCGUCUGGAGGAUCAACAGGCUGAUGUGGAGUUUGAGAUCAGGCGCCUCUUUAACAAACCAGAGCAGGACUGGAGCUCUGAUGACAGCCAUCAGGAAGAUCAGCUGAUGUCACGCCUGCUGUCAAUCAUCCAGCAGAGGAAUGACAUCAUCAGCAGCCUGGAUCUGGACAGGCAGAGGGAGGAGGAGGAGGACUCGAUGCUGACUGCCGUGAUCCAGAGGAUGGAGUUCCUGACACAGACGGACAAACAGCUGGACAAAUGCAGCAGGAGCUUUAAACGCCUUCAAAUGUUCAAGAAAUCCAGCUGUAAGACUGAAAACACCAGCAGAAGAAAGAAGAAAAACAGCUGAAGAACAGAAAGAGCCUGUUUAUUAAAUAAUGUCCAAAACUGGAAAAUAAAAACACCCAUCAGGACAAACUGAACUGUUUAUUUAAAAGUUAAUAAGCGUGUAGCAUGGCCACAUCUUAUCAGUUUUUAUCAUUUCUAUCUACAAUUUUAUUCAUUUUUAUACUUAUUUAUUUUUGACAUCGUUAUGUGUUUUUGUUUUUAAGCUAAGAUGUCUUGAGCAUUAGUUAUUGCACGCUUCCCAUUCAAACCACAAUCUCAUCAUUGCAAGCCCUCCAGCUAAGCAACAUCUUAGCAACAUGUUUAGUGAAUAAGCAACAUCUCUUCCUGUUGUCUCUACUAGAGGGAAAAAAUAAGCUUUUCAUCAACUGAACAAAUUGCUUAGUAUUUGAUUCACAAUUUCGAGCUGGUGACGCGCUGCUGGUCAAAAUUGUGUGAAUGCAACUAAAACUCACCCGCAAGCUCAGUCUAUGAAUUUGCCAAUCAUUAAAUGGCAUUAAAUAUACGACGUUUCUGUAAAAUUGUCCUUGUUUUGUGUGUUAUUAGGCAGGGCUUGACAGUACAACUCACUCUCAUUUUUGUUUUAUACACGCAUUCAUAUUAAAAUUAAUCAAUUGAA